AUGACCGUCGCCUACAUGAAAGAUGCGGCUACUGCAACUCCUUUCUCCUUUCAUAAAUUACUGUUUCGAUGGAAAGGCUCAGUAUGGAAAUUGGUGAUCAACGAGUUGUGUGUGUGGCUUUACAUCUACUUCAUCAUCAGCUUUAUCUAUCGUUUCGUGAUCGUUGAGACGGACUUUGAAUCGAACUUCGUUAAAGUGGUCAAGUAUGUGGACAGUUUAAUGGCCCCGACCGGCACUUCGGUGACAUUUGUGCUCGGUUUUUAUGUGAGCAUCAUCGCUACCCGAUGGUGGAAAGUGUUCAUGGCGAUCCCGUGGCCCGAUACAAUCGCGUUGACCAUUGCCGCGUUUUACUUUGAUCGAAGAGAAGCUAGGUUUAAAGCAGAAGAUCAAAUGACAAGAUGCACGGUGAUUCGAUAUCUCGUUCUCUCGUAUGUGCUCGUAUUUCGUGAUAUCAAUGAGAGAAUACGCAAACGAUUUCCCACUCUUCAACAUCUUGCUCAAAACUUAGCGACAACCGAAGAGUUGCGAAUGAUCGCACAAGAAGAACCGACUCUGAGAUAUUGGAUGCCGAUUGAAUGGAUUCUCCUUUUAAUGAAAGCUGGAUUUAAUCGAAAACAAAUCGCUGAAGAUCAUUAUAAAAUGCUCAUUGAGAAAAUCCUUGAAUUCCGAACAAAACUACAAAAUCUACAACAAUUCGACUUUGUUAAUGUGCCAUUGGCGUAUACUCAAGUAGUCAACGUGGCUGUGUUCACUUAUUUUGGAAUGGCGCUUAUAGCAAAGCAAUACAUCGGAAUAAAGAGCGAAGUAGAUGUAAACCAUCGAGUCGAUUACGCGAUCCCAUUCUUUACGAUUCUCGAGUUUCUAUUCUAUGUUGGAUGGUUAAAAGUCGCUCAGGUGAUGUUAAAUCCGUUUGGGCUUGACGAUGAUGAUUUUGAUAUUGACUUGCUUGUCGAGAGGAAUUUAAAUGUUGGUCUCUCAAUCGUUGAUGAUUUCUUCGAGAAGCAUCCACCGCUCGUUCAUCUCAAAGUCACAGCCCUUCCACAUACAAUUGCGUCGGCUAAAGAUAUCGAACAAUCCAAUCCGAUGAGAGGCUCCGUCGCCCAAUUAAAAGUGCCGAAACGACUCCAAAGAGUCGCACCAAUUGCCAAAUUCAACAUCAAUAAUAAUCUUUUCCGUCCACCUCGCCAUUUGAUAGAACAACAAACCAUUGACAUCCCAGAGACGCCUGUCGUUGGAGUAGAAGUUCCUACAGCUACAGCGCCAUCAACUACAUAUCAAACCAUAAACGAGAAGGCGCCACUUCUAGAAGAGGAUAAAACGCAGAUGGAUGAAUCCGAGAAAAAAGAGAAAGAGGCACCAGCGAAUAACAUUAGUCAUACGGGCAAAGAGAAAACCCACAGAGUAGUGGCUCAAAAUGGACGACCAGCUAAAUCUGCAAGCACUCAAUUGGUCUCAAUGGCAACUCCGACAAUGACACCACACGUCAGUCAACUUGAAACUGCUUUCGCGGCUAACAGUGAAUUGAGACGAGCACAAAGUCGGGCGCUGAGCCAAGAUCGAGGGCGGAAGGAAGAGCAAGAACGAUACCGAUUGAUGACACCCAAAUCUGGAUCCACUGAGGCCACUACUCAAAUCUCGACCUCCGCGAUAAGCACAACAAAAGCGCCAAGAAGCACAGCGUCACCAGUUACUGCCUUGGGAACCUCAACAUCGACACCGGAUGUGUCAAAACAGAUAAAUGACUAUUCCAGCAGCGGCUCGUCGCACGACUUCUUCUCAAGUACAGAUGAAACAAGCUCAGAAAAGGAUGCACGAUUGAAAAGCUGUUAUGGCUCAAGCAAAAGAGGAAGAGAAGAACUUUUUGAAGUAUCGGAAACAGGAAAUUCUUUUCAAUUAUCGUCCCAAAAUGACAGCCUGUCUUCGGUCAGCUGGCCAGCACCGGCUCCUAAGCAUCAUGUGCAACAUGAUGGUGACGAAGAGCCGGUUGACGACAAAGGUUUUGUGGACACGGUGAAUAAAACAAUAAAUACCGAACAAGAAGAAGUCACCGACGAGGAUUUGCCCAUUGAUAUGGAGGUUGUCGAAAAAAGCGAAAUCAGAGCUGAAACGAAACGUCCGUUGUACUAUCAUGAUGACUUG